AUGACGCUGUACACCAUCACCAUCCACCCUGUGCGGCUUUACGCCUACUUCUGUCGGCAGGGGUUUUCCUACGCCAUGCUCAUCUCCCGCAAGGGCGUGCAAAUCGCGUCUAACCCCGCCGUCUGCAGCACGGCCGGGGAGGUGGAGUUCAGUACUCCCGAGGAGGUCAGCCGGGCGCAGAGCUUUCAGGUUUCCUUCGACUCCCCAAAGGACCGCCGCAUGGUUGACUUCGCCGUCUACGACAUCACCAACCGCAAGCACACCGCGAAGCUGACCGGGUUUGAGAUUCCGCUGGCGGGAAUGUGCAGCGUCCUUGCGGGGGAGGCGAUGUGUGAGAAGAAGAGCAUCUCCUUCAGAAUGGACGGUAGGCCAGGGCGUCUGGAGGUCGUCUUUCGCAUGCACCCCACCUCCGUUCCACCACCGCCGCUGAAGGUGGCGGCCUCGGCGGCGGCAAGCAGUCGCGCUGCCGCGGCGAAAGGAAGUGGUGAUGCGCAGUCGUCGAAGCAUGUGGGGCGACUUCCGUUCCGCGUCGUGGAGUCGCUCACAAAGGCCGGCGUUCUCCCCAGUGAGACGGAGAUGGUGGAGACGGACGCGGACGUCGCACAGGAGAUCGCCGCCCGCGCCGCCCUGCUCUUCCCCAACGAAGCGGACCUGCAGGAGAAGGUGCAGGCGCUGGAGCGGGAGAUUGCGCAGCUGGAGUACGACACCCAGUACGCGGCGAAGGACAAGGUGACCUCCGGCUCCGCCGCCCUCGCCGCCCUCCGCGAUGAGUUGAAGCACUGGCAGAGGGUUUCCGAGGACAUCGACGCGAAGUCCGCCCACGAGGCUGGCAUCGCCCCCAUGCUCCCCGCCGUCCACAGUGCCCCGUCGGCGCGGAGCGGCGCCCUCGUUGCUGAGGUGGAGGAUCAGUUGGCCGCCGCACAGGCCAAACUGCGCAGGCUGGAGGCGCUUCAAAGCCAUCGCGAUAUAUCGAGCGAGGUAAUUCCGCUGCUGGAGGAGAUUGACAACCUGGAGUCCGUGCUGGUGGAUCUCAAGAAGAAUACCGCGGAAGCCGGGGCAAAAAGUAAGCCCGCCAGCGCCCCCGAGAAUUACAUUGACCAGUGGGAGCAGCUGGCUGGGGAACUGUACGAUAAGGAGUCCAUGGUGGAGCAGCUCAAGCGAAACGUGCUCGCGCUGAACCGGCUGCAGUUUGACCCCUAUCCCGCUGGUAUCGAGGCCGGAUUUGUCGAAGAGGCGCCGAAGGAGCUACCGUUCAUUCGUGACAACAAACGACGCAUCGUAGAUGGACAAAGUCUGGAUUCGACGCUUUUCGGAGGUCUCGCCCCGCCAACUAAGGCGCCACAGCCGCGUGCAGGCGGCAGCGGUGGCCAUGCAAACCUGUUAGACGACCUCUUUGGUGCCCCGGCGCCGUCCCAGUCGCAUCCAGCGCAGCCGCCUGACCCCGCAGCGCCAACAACGAGCGGGGAGCCGUCCCAAUCUCUGCAGCAGCCGCAAGACCCUCUGGAGUUGUACCACCCGCCCGUGGCGGCGACGGUGGUUCCUGUCUGGGCGCAGCCACCACCACAACCACAACAGCCACCGCCGGCACCCUCGACCUCAGCUGCGGCGGCGGCGGCAGCAGGUAGUGUGACGAACAAUGAUAACGCUGGGAAGCCGUCAGGCUCCGGGGAGAAGGAGACGGCUCUGUCAGAACCUCCAGCUACGGGUACGGUGCAACCGGAGAAAACACGGACCGCGGACGCAUCGGUGUCACCUGGCCCUCCGGUGUCCCCAGCAGCGACGGCGCCAAGCUGGCAAGGGCCGCCUCCUCAGAGCUCUGCAGAGGCGGACCCGUUAGCAUCUGCCGCCUCGGCGCCCGGGCCUCAGCCUUCACAGGCCGUGGCACAGGCGUACGCACCUCCACAGCAGUUGCCGGCCCAAGGCCCACAGCAGCAACAGCAACAGCAGUCUUCCACUACAAUUCAAUCGCCGACAACAUACCCACCGACUCAGUACGCAUCGGCGCCCGGGCCUCAGCCUUCACAGGCCGUGGCACAGGCAUACGCACCUCCACAGCAGUUGCCGGCACAAGACCCACAGCAGCAACAGCAACAGCAACAGCUGACUCCAUCGGAACCCCCCGUUCCCCCGUUUGUGCGUCGUCCGGCAACGUUGGGAGAACUUCCUUACACCAGUUUUUACCACAUUCCUCUUAUGGGUCGUGGGUGUCCAUUGGAUAUAUACUUGGAUGGAAAAACUCCCACACGCGGUACGGAGUUAACUAUAUUGAACAACGCCGAGUACGACGUCAUCAUCGGUGGUGUGGAGCUCAAACAAGAGGACAUGCUCUCCCCCUCCCCUAACAGCGCACGCACGGUGCCUACGCGUCGUUGGCCGCAAGAGUUGCGUAUUCCAGGUGGCGGGUGCCGUGCGACGUGCAUCAUCGCACUGCAUCCCAGUUUUCCAGCGGGAUCUUCCCUAUUCAUGUUAGUAGUUGUGUAUGUCUUCAUGAACGGCCGCUACACUCCAUACGCGGCGCGAUUUGCCGUGUAG